CCCCACAUACCUCCGCCAGCUGAGCUUUCUGAAGUGUAGCUGCCUCAGUCAGUGAUCAGCUCUGAUUCCAACCCCCCCUUCCUUCAGCGCCCCCCACCCCGGGACUGGAUCCUCAGCUCAGCAGAAAGACAUAACUUCCCCUCUGUCCCCGACUUGGAGGUUUUUAACUCUACCCCUGACACUCGUCUUCGUCUGAGCCAGGACUACGCCAAGGUUCUUGACUUUCGAGACAGUAGCUGGAGCCUAUCGCUCCCCAGACUCAUGAAUGCUGAAAAGGAGACGAUGGAGGGUGAUGAUAGUCUGACCUGGGAGAGGGAAGAGGACGAACAGGAGCAGCUGUGGGAGAAAAUUGAGAGCAAACGCCACAUUCUGACCAAGACCAUCUACCCCAGCAAGCUGACGGCGUACCUCCGGCAGUGCAAAGUCAUCGACGAGGAGGACGAGGAUGAGAUCCUAUGCUCCCACCUGCUGACCUCCCGAAGGGCUCGUGCAAGCCGCCUUCUGGACAUUUUGCGUUCUCGAGGUAAACCUGGAUAUGAGGCCUUUUUGGAGAGCCUGGAACUUUACUACUCUGAAUUGUACAAGUUAGUAACUGGCAAGGAGCCAACCAGAUGUUGCUCAGUACUGGUCGUCGAAGAGGGUUACGAGGGGUUGACGCAGUUCCUGAUGGGUGAGGCGGUCAAGAUGCAGAAACAACUGAGGGACAAAGCCAUGGUGAUCCACCAACUCCACAGCAAGUGCGAGAUGCUGCAGGAGAGUAACAAGCAACUGAGCCAUGGCCACCUGGAGCUGAGGAGCCUGCAGGAACGCUACAGCAAGCUGAAGGAGGAGUUCAACCUCCACAACAACGAGCUGAACAAGAUCAAGGAGGAGAACUACCUGCUGGCUCUGCGCUACGCCCAGCUCAACGAGGAGAAGAGCAUGGCGGUGUCGAGGAGCCGGGAGCUGCAGCUGGAGACUGACCAAAUGAGAUGCAGACUGUAUGGGAUUGAGGAGGAGUGUCUGAUGGCCCGUAGACUCUCCAACAAGCUGAAGAAAGACAUUGAGAACAUGCCAAGCAGGCAAAGUGUCAUAAAAUUGCAACAUGACAAGGACCAGCUGCAAACCAGAGUCCAUGAGCUCCAACACUUUGUACAGGUCAGGAACAAUCUCCUCAGCCCAGAGAAGGCACUUCUGGAUAUCAUGGAUCAGGAUCGAAAGGAAGCUCUUGAGGACAGACAGGAGUUGGUCAAGAAGUUCCAUAACACUGCCAUGGAACUACACCAGGCAGAGGAACUCCGAGACAAGUACCUGAAAGAGAAAGAAGAAUUUGCACUCCAGUCUGCGAUGCUCCUGAAAGAGUGCCAGAUGCACAAGCGAAGGAUUGCUAGCAUUUUACAACAACUGGAAGAAGUGGAGAAGGAGCGAGACAAGGCACUAAAGGCCCGCGAUGAGGCACAGACUGCUUACGCCCAAAGCAUGGUUGAUAAUAGCAGGUAUCGGCGGCAGGUAUGGGCAAUGGAAGAGAAAUUGGACAAUGUUCAGAUGGAGCUGGCAAGGAAGGAAGCAGAGAUUGACAGCUUACAAUCCCAGCUACACCAACUGCGAGAGGGCAACAGUACUGUGGACGUUUUGGAUCCCUAUGACCUGCUGAGCAGCCGUUUCGAUUUUAUUGACUAUCCCGAGGACUGGAACAGCACAGACCAGGAGCAAGAGCCAUUUCCAAAGUUCAGCAGGCGCCGCUGCACCAAGAGAUUGGAUUCGUCAUCAACACAGAGCAGGGAUCUUCCAGUGAGUGAAUAUGGUGAAGAGUUGUCCCCAGUGGAGUUGUUGUGGAGCGAUAUUGAACACGAGAGGGAGAUGAAUAGAUUAUCCAUGAUGCCAUUCCCACCUUGCAAAGAAUCUAUGAUGAGGCGACUCAGACAAGAGGAACCAGCCAGCAGGUUUGAAUCUUGGCCACUCAGCAGCUCGACGGAGAAUGAGGACAGCAGUCCAGAUGAAGGUCACCUGCUUAGCUUCUCCCUCAAUCCUAAUUUGUUUGGAGCCAGCUUUCACCCACAGUCAGAAGAUCCGAGCAAACUAGCCGUCAGUGAUCAAGACGACAGAAAUGAAAAGAGGACGCAUUCUCUCUCCCUAUCACUGCCCGACCUCUCGAACCUGAUCUACAGUGUUAAACACGACUGUGAGGAUGCCAGCGGGUCUGCCAUCUUCACCCAGGAGAGCUCGGAACUGGACAAGCUGGACGAUGGAACAAAGCACAGAAUAUCGCGACGCAACUGUACCAGAAAGGGCGCGCAUUGGAAGGUCAGGAGGAACCCGACAGCAGAUCCCCUCGAAGAUCAGCAGCAGCAAGAGGGUCACAUGAGGCUUGAGCAGGUCCUGGAAGAUGAGGAGUCAAUGUCUCAAGGUUCGUUCUACAUCCGGGUUAACCUGAACAUCCUCGGCCAAGUGGACAACUGCUCACUGCAGGUGAAGUGUGAUGAGAUCCUGCACGUUCUGGACACCGGCCAACACACAAAAUAUGAGUGGCCGUGCGCCCGAGUCGACCCAUUUACCAAGAAGGAUCUGGAGCAUGGAACCAUCCCCAGCUACAGCAGAGCUUACCAGCUCCUCCUGCUUAAAAUCUACGCACUGACAGCAAACGUUGAGAAGAAAGAGAGGGCGAGAAAGUUUGCGAAGAACAACAUUAAGGUGAAGAAGGUGUGUUCAGAUCGAGUGAGAAUUGUACCUGCGAGUCUCCCCCGAUAUCUGCCUAGUGCCUGUAACCCUACUCUCAGAUCCUGGUAUGAAAAUAAGGAUGAGAAGAUCUUGCCGUACAGUCUGGUUCAGCCAAUCACCGUCUGGCAAAAGCGGCCGGUUAUCAUCAUGCCCACGGUGUUGGCCAAAGCGUUGAUGCACCGUCUGCUUCAGUCUCCACCCGCAUCAGAGUUCAACAUGGUGCAGCCAGAAAUUGUCACUGAAGAGCAGCUGAAGACAAAGACAAGGUUCUCUCUACAGAAGAUCAGGAAUCAGACCACAUUCGAGUGCAUUACACUUGAAACUAUCAGAGAUGUUAUAGCCAAGGACCGACACGGUCUGCUGCCAAUAGGAGUGCACUCUGCUAAGGACCUAAUUACGGAGAAGAUCUACACAAUCAUUAUACAUAUCAAAGUGACCACAAAAAACAUCAAGAAAUUAAGGAAACUGGCUCCAAAGUCCUGCAGCAGCGACGAUGAGUUCCUCAAGCUGUACCGCAUUGAGCAGAAGCACUUAGAGACCGUGCCAUGCCUCUCUGCCACUGUGGAGCCCAACGCAUGGACCAGCGUCGAGGAGCUCAUCAAGUUCGUGAAGACCAGCAUCCUCCAGGAACAGCAGAAGAUUGUCUGGAUCGAGCAGAACAAGUUGUUGCUGGACAUUGAGAGCUUGUCAUCAGCCGACCUGACCAGCCAAUCAGAUGUUUCCAGUUGUCUGUAGUGGAGUCGGCUGGAGAUCACUCUUGGUAGACCUGAGACAGGUCUAAACCCACAGCAGAACGCUGCCCCACAGUUGACCACCAGUGAAUACCCUUAGGACAAGUGUUCAGAGUUCAGGGUUGUGCAGUUCUAAGGAUCCAACUGGGACAGUGUAGGGGAUUCCUGAACUCCAUCUGACCCCGAUGUUGGAAAUACCUGGGAUCGUCUUCAAUCACACUGGUAGGGCAGGCUUUGUAUUGUGGUUGGAGAGAGUUCAGGCAAACUACUUGGCCAUUAUUAAUAAGAACAGAUGAUUGGAUUUCGGAGAGCAAACUCCAACAUCAUUUAAAAAGCCAAUGUGAAUUGCACACCACAGUAUUUUCACAUAACACUAAUCGAGUUACGCUGUUAUACAAGGAAUCAAAACUUAAUGUGUCCAUGUGAAAUGGGUUUAUCGCUCACAACUGAGCGACUUAUCCACCACCAAAAUCACCGUGACUUGUUAUUUUGCUUAUUUUUAACACUACUAUGUGUGAAGCGGGGUUAGAUAACACAGGGACCCCCAUGUAAUUCACUGACCAGUCAAACACACUGUAUUUAUUUUUCUAUAGCGUUUUAAAUUUAUAUUUCAAGCUAUACUUCAAAAGAAAAAAGACUGACGAUAAUUUGGAGUAUACACUACUGUGGAGCGGAGGAGUUUUUGUACAAGUCAGACAGUGGAGACUCAAGGCAAUGGUGCGACUGUCAGACUGUAAUGUUGACAUGGCACAGUGUUUAUUGUAAGUGUAACAUUCACAAUGCAAACACCUAACUCUGCAAACUGUGAAAUCAUGACAUUAGGAAGCAAGGUUUUCUAGACAUUAUAAAAUAUAUUGCAGGAAGAUCUUAUUUUUGUGUCUGGCAUACCAAUUGAAUAUAGAUCCUGUUUUGUAUGUACUGACAGUGUUAUUGGACUCCUAUUUAAUGCUUAUCCAGGCUGUAACUAUCCUUCAAUAAGCUUGCACCAAUUGCAGAAUUCAGAUUUGGUUCCAACGUAGAAAUGUGUCAUCUAAUGGUAGUCAAAUUAUUGCUGCACCCUUUAGCGUUGACCCCUCUAAACCUAUCUUUCUAUCCUGAAGAUGUCUCUAGGUAUUUCAGGCCCAGGGCUUUUCUUGAAUGGCCAUUGACACAGUUGAUUCUGGAUCAGUGGUGCUGGAAGAGCACAGAAGUUCAGGCAGCAUCCAAGGAGCUUCGAAAUCGACGUUUC